AUGGCAUCUGGAAAUAAACUCGGCGAGAACUUCCAAACGCUGACCCCUAUCGUGAAGGCUCCGUUGUCGGACACUCUUUCGGUACCUCUUUCCCAGCAGGGACGCAUUUGCGGAUUCUUCGAGUCUCAGUUCUUCCGCUGCAUGGAGGCCUACGGAGCCAAGCUCGGCCGCAAGUACUGCGAUCUCGAGCACCGUGAUUUCAACGAGUGCAUCACAGGCGACAAGCAGAAGAAGGUUCGAAAACGGAUGAGCUUCUAAUAAACAACAUUCACUUCAGAGAGCCGAAGCGAUUGCUUCUCAGCGCCGAAAGCUUUUCCUCGAGGGAAAACUCGAUUCGCCGUUCCUUGACAAUCAUCCGGAGCCAGGACAGUUUAAGACUGAUCACUUCCAGUGGAACCGCAUCAACUGA